AUGUUUGCAUGCUUGUUUACUCAUCCCUUGGAUUUGGCCAAAGUUCGCCUUCAGACAUCGAAAGCGCACGAUAAUGGACUUGUUUCAUUAGUGUUCAAGAUUGUUCGUCACGAGGGUUUGUUUUCUAUUUAUGGUGGUCUGUCGGCAUCUCUUUUAAGACAAGCUACGUACUCGACUGCUCGCUUUGGAGUUUACGAGGAACUGAAACGCUUAAUAAGUCACAGUGGAUCCCCCCCACCAACGUCACAACUUUUGGGUGCAUCCAUGGUUGCUGGAGCCGUGGGUGGAAUGGUUGGAAAUCCAUCGGAUGUGGUGAACAUUCGGAUGCAAAACGAUAAAGCUCUACCGCCUUCUGAACGGAGAAACUAUAAACACGCUAUUGACGGGCUUAUCAGUAUCUGUCGACAAGAGGGUGUGAGUUCUCUUUUUCGUGGGAUUGGGCCCAAUUUAGUCAGGGGAGUGCUUAUGACGGCGUCACAGGUCGUCUCAUAUGAUGUCUCGAAGCGUUUAUUGGUGAACAAUCUCGGGAUGAACCCUAGAACAAAGUCGACGCAUUUCUCUGCGUCUCUUCUUGCAGGGCUGGUGGCUACUACCGUUUGCUCACCGGCUGAUGUGUUGAAAACAAGAAUCAUGAAUAGUUCUUCUUCGGGUCGAUCUGUGUUUUCCAUUUUCCGCGAAGCAGUGUACUCUGAAGGAGCGGGAUUUAUGUUCCGGGGUUGGACUCCGGCGUUCAUUAGACUUGGACCUCAUACAAUCUUAACUUUCAUCGCUCUGGAGGAAUUGAGGCGGUUCAGGAUCGGUAUGUAG